UCAUAUUUGCCAGCAAGAAUUCACACCUGUUGUUCCCGUAAUUUGUCAGACUUGAUCAACAUCACGUCUGAUCAAAUGUUGCUUCCUGAGACAGAUCAGAGCAGCAUGUCUGUUAAUUAAUAAUAAGGUGUUUCAUAGAGGGCAGAGUAUAUUUUCCCACAGUGUAUUUUACAGCACAGCAUUUGACAGCCGGGGUUAGGAGGAAGCACAAUGACGGAAACCAACAGUGCUCAGCUCAAAAAUAUAACCCACGCUGACGGAAAUGGUGUGGACAACCAGGCUUUUGAAAUAGAGGAGGACAACAUUACAGAUACUAGCAGUGUCAAAAGGCAGUCUAGAAAGACUAAAAAGAGAUUGGGAUCAUACUUAAGCCACGUUUCCAAGCCAAUUAAUGCCACAGAGGAUUACAUCAAGGCUCACUUAAAAACCUUCAAAUACAUUGUGCUGGGCAUACUUGGAGCAGGUUAUGUGGCAUACUUCAUUGCAGCCUGUGUAUUGGAUUUCCAGAGGGCCAUCGCUCUUGUAGUCCUAACAAGUUUGGCUGUUGUCAUUAAAUCAUAUGAACUUUUGAAGGAGUACAAGGGAGAAAGCAUCAGUCAGUGUUUCAGACCCGCAGUUAGAUGCUUUAAAUCUAACUUGAAAUGGAUAAAAUGGGUUUUCAUCUUAGUGGUUGUGGCCUUGCUUGUGGCGUGGAUCAUCUUCGACACAAGCCAGCGUCCUGAGCAGCUUAUCUCAUUUGGAGGAGUGUGCAUGUUCAUCGUGCUUAUAUUCCUCUUGUCAGCACACAGGACAGCGGUAUCAUGGAGGCCUGUGGUUUGGGGCCUCGGGUUGCAGUUCUGUAUUGGCAUUUUUGUUAUAAGAACAGAGCCCGGACUCAUAGCUUUCCGAUGGCUUGGACAUCAAGUGCAGACAUUCCUUAACUAUACCAAAGAAGGGUCAAAAUUUGUUUUUGGGGAUCUGACCGACAUUUUUGCCUUUCAAGCUUUGCCUAUUGUUGUGUUCUUCAGCAGCGUGAUGUCAGUCCUUUACUUUUUAGGGAUAAUGCAGUGGCUCAUUCUGAAGAUCUCAUGGGUUAUGCAGAUAACGAUGGGAACCUCUCCCACAGAGACCUUGAGUGUGGCAGGCAAUAUAUUUGUUGGGCAGACUGAGGCUCCGCUACUGAUCCGCCCCUAUUUGAAAGACAUGACCAAAUCUGAGAUCCAUUCUGUUUUGACUGGCGGAUUUGCAACAAUUGCAGGCAGUGUCAUGGGGGCAUUCAUCUCAUUUGGGAUCGAUGCUUCUUCCUUGUUAUCAGCCUCUGUGAUGGCUGCUCCUUGUGCCUUGGCCAUCUCCAAACUUUCUUACCCAGAGACAGAGGAGAGUCCCUUCAAGUCAGAGAAGAAUAUCAAAAUAGCUUGUGGAGAUGAACAGAACAUUCUGGAGGCUGCUAGCAGCGGAGCUUCUGCUUCAAUUGGUCUUGUUGCUAACAUUGCAGCAAAUUUGAUAGCCUUUCUUGCCAUCUUUGGGUUCAUAAAUCAAGCUUUGAGUUGGCUUGGAGGUAUGGUGGGAUAUCCUUCAAUCACAUUUCAGAUUAUUUGCUCUUAUGUGUUCAUGCCUGUGGCCUUCAUGAUGGGAGUACCAUAUGAUGACAGUUACAUUGUGGCUGAACUAAUUGGCACAAAGCUCUUCCUCAAUGAGUUUUUGGCCUAUGAGAAACUAUCUAAGCUGAAGAACAACAGACUCAAUGGACUUAUUGGAGAUGAUAUACAGUGGAUAUCUGUCCGAUCAGAAAUAAUCACCACUUAUGCUCUUUGUGGGUUUGCCAACUUCAGCUCACUGGGUAUUGUGAUUGGAGGCCUAUCCGCCAUAUGCCCAUCCAGAAGAGCUGAUGUCUCGUCUCUGGUGUUGAGAGCUAUGCUCACCGGGACUUGUGUAUCUCUUGUCAAUGCUUGCAUUGCAGGGAUCCUCUUUGUUCCCCCACUUGACUGUGUGGAGCUGUUCAAGGUAUCUGCUUUCAAUGCCACAGAUGUAAAUAUACAAACUUGCUGUGAAAACCUGCUUGGAAGCACUGUAAGCAAUGGGACCAUCUCAUUUGAAGGAUCGUGGAGCACAGUAGCAAACGUCUCUGUGUUUUUCUCUAAAUGUUGUCAGUGUUGUGGUUUUCCUGAUGUGGCAGUUUGUAACUAGAGAAGAAGAAUACAUAUCACUGUCUGUUUUUAUACUGUAGUUCAUUUACAUGUAUCUCCAUGUUUGUAUAUUUGUGUCACAGUUAAUAUAAAAAUGUAAAGCCUAUAUGCAUAUCUUUUAAAGUUGAAUAUAUCUUUCAUGUAUUAUAUUGUAAAUUUAUUUGAGAUAUGGGCUUUUACUUAAAACCAAGGAUUAAAAGGACACACCUUAAGAUAUACACCAGAAAUCAGGAAAUAUUCAGGCAUCAGCGGUUCAAUGAAUGUAAAUAUUUCAAAUAAAAUUGAGUAACUAAAUUAUUUCAUAAUGUUAUUGAUAAUUAUACAUACAUAGUCAUACUUUUUGAAAAAAAAACCCAAAAAACUAUGAAAAUGUGAACUAUGCUUUUAUGCAUUUACAUUUAUUUAAAAAAAACAUUAGCUGACAUGAUAUAACAUAACGACAGCACACAUUGUAAACACAUUUAUUCUUCUUUCUCAAUUACUCAUUCAUUUACUCACUCACAUAUUCACUCCCACAUUUAUAAUUUUUACUGCACACUACUUUAGAUAUUCAGUCCUUUGACUAUAUGUAUGUAUGUAUAUGUAUUUACACAUAAACACAAUACAACAGUUUGUUUGCAUGACACCACACCUUAACAUUAAAGUGUUUUCACUGUCA